CACAAAUAUAAACCCUAGAAACCGAGUUAGGGUUUUUGAUGGAUACUGUCAAGUCAAUCAACAAAGGCUAUGGCAAAGUUGACGAAACUCAAGAUUUGGCGUUGAAGAGAAAGACGAGAAAGCGUUUGUAUCAAAUAGGCAUUUCCGUGGCAGUUCUGGUGGCGAUUAUCAUCAGCUCCACCGUCACCAUCGCAAUUCACAGCCGGAAAGGCAAUUCACCACAUCCAACACCGAGUUCAGUCCCCGAGUUGACUCCCGCCGCUUCACUCAAAACUGUGUGUAGCGUAACUAAUUACCCUGUUUCUUGCUUCUCAAGCAUCUCGAAGCUUCCAUUGUCCAACACGACGGAUCCGGAGGUUAUAUUCAGGCUUUCUUUACAAGUUGUCAUUGACGAACUCAACUCAAUCGUUGAGUUACCGAAGAAGCUCGCUGAAGAGACGGACGAUGAGGGACUCAAAUCGGCGCUUAGUGUUUGCGAACAUCUGUUAGACCUCGCUAUUGAUCGUGUUAACGAAACUGUUUCCGCCAUGGAAGUUGUUGACGGGAAGAAGAUUUUGAAUGCUGCGACCAUUGACGAUCUCCUUACUUGGCUCAGCGCCGCUGUGACAUACCACGGAACGUGUCUCGACGCGCUUGAUGAAAUCAGCCACACGAAUUCAGCAAUCCCACUGAAGCUUAAAUCUGGCAUGGUUAACUCGACCGAGUUCACAAGUAACAGCUUAGCGAUCGUUGCGAAGAUUCUCUCUACAAUAAGCGAUUUUGGGAUCCCGAUUCACGGGAGACGGCUUCUAAACUCAUCACCACAUGCAACACCAAUUUCAGUCCCCAAGUUGACUCCCGCCGCUUCACUCAGAAAUGUAUGCAGCGUAACUCGUUACCCUGCUUCUUGUGUCUCAAGCAUCUCAAAGCUUCCAUCGUCUAACACGACGGAUCCGGAGGCUUUAUUCAGGCUUUCGUUACAAGUUGUCAUCAACGAACUCAAUUCGAUCGCCGGUUUACCGAAGAAGCUCGCCGAAGAGACGGACGAUGAGAGACUCAAAUCGUCUCUUAGUGUUUGUGGAGAUGUGUUCAACGACGCGAUUGAUAUAGUCAACGAUACUAUUUCCACCAUGGAAGAAGUUGGUGACGGGAAGAAGAUUUUGAAGUCGUCGACCAUCGACGAGAUUCAAACUUGGCUUAGCGCCGCCGUAACAGAUCACGACACGUGUCUCGACGCACUUGAUGAACUCAGCCAGAACAAAACAGAGUACGCGAAUUCACCAAUCUCACUAAAGCUUAAAUCCGCCAUGGUCAAUUCCAGAAAGUUCACAAGCAACAGCUUAGCGAUCAUCGCGAAGUUUCCAAUACACGAAAGACACGGAGUUCAGUCCCCGCGGCUUCGAAAGUCACCUCAUCCAACACCGAGUUCAGUCCUCAGAACUGUGUGUAAUGUAACUAAUUACCCUGCUUCUUGUAUCUCAAGCAUCUCGAAGCUUCCAUUAUCCAAAACGACGACAGAUCCGAAGGUUUUAUUCAGGCUUUCGUUACAAGUUACAUUCGACGAACUCAAUUCCAUCGUUGGUUUACCGAAGAAACUCGCGGAAGAGACUAAUGAUGAGGGACUCAAAUCGGCGCUUAGUGUUUGCGCAGAUGUGUUCGACCUCGCGGUUGAUUCAGUUAACGAUACUAUUUCCUCCUUGGAUGAAGUAAUUAGUGGCGGGAAGAAGAAUUUGAAUUCGUCAACGAUCGGCGAUCUCAUAACGUGGCUUAGCUCCGCCGUAACAGAUAUCGGGACGUGUGGCGACACGCUUGAUGAAGAUAACUACAACUCACCAAUCCCACAGAAGCUUAAAUCCGCCAUGGUUAAUUCCACAGAGUUCACAAGCAACAGCUUAGCCAUCGUCGCGCAGGUUCUCAAAAAACCAAGCAAGUCUAGGAUCCCGGUUCAGGGGAGACGGCUACUUAACUCGAAUUCGUUUCCAAAUUGGGUUAGACCAGGAGUGAGGCGGUUACUUCAAGCGAAGAACUUAACGCCUCAUGUUACGGUGGCGGCGGAUGGCUCCGGCGAUGUGAGGACGGUGAAUGAAGCGGUUUGGAGAGUUCCGAAGAAGGGGAAAACGAUGUUUGUUAUAUACGUGAAAGCAGGUACGUAUGUGGAGAAUGUCCUUAUGAAAAAGGAUAAAUGGAAUGUGUUUAUCUACGGCGACGGCAGGGAUAAGACCAUUAUUUCCGGUAGCACUAACAUGGUCGACGGGGUUCGUACUUUCAAUACCUCCACGUUUGCAACUGAAGGCAAAGGAUUUAUGAUGAAGGACAUGGGAAUCAUAAACACCGCCGGGCCAGAGAAGCAUCAAGCGGUAGCAUUCCGAUCAGAUUCCGAUCGGUCAGUCUACUAUCGAUGUUCAUUCGACGGCUACCAAGAUACUCUUUAUACUCACUCAAAUCGACAAUACUAUCGUAACUGUGACGUCACCGGAACAGUUGAUUUCAUCUUCGGAGCUGGCACAGUCGUCUUCCAAGGCUGCAGCAUCCGUCCGCGUCAGCCGCUUCCGAAUCAGUUCAACACAAUCACCGCUGAAGGUACACAAGAGGCCAAUCAGAACACGGGAAUAUCGAUCCACCAAUGCACAAUCUCUCCCAACGGAAAUGUAACUGCUACGACGUAUCUUGGCCGUCCGUGGAAAUUGUUUUCGAAGACGGUUAUUAUGCAAUCGGUGAUUGGGUCGUUCGUGAAUCCCGCUGGGUGGAUUGCGUGGAAUUCGACUUAUGACCCGCCUCCACGUACUAUAUUCUAUAGAGAGUACAAGAAUUCAGGUCCUGGGUCGGAUCUAUCCAAGAGAGUUAAAUGGGCUGGGUAUAAGCCCAUUUCGUCUGAUGAUGAGGCUGCAAGGUUUACGGUUAAGUAUUUUCUCCGAGGGGAUGAUAAUUGGAUUCCAAAGGCGGUUAUGGGAAUGCCCCCUCUGUAA